AUGUGUCUCCUGGAGCAUCCUGAGUUUGUUGGUUCUAAAGCAGAAACUCUGAAGAGACUUGCAAAUAACCAAAAUGACCACCAGACUCUGCACACCAAGGUAACAUUCAUUCUUGAAAACUUGGAAUCACCAUGUGACACACAGAAAACACUGGAAUUUUCUCUGAUUACUGUCAACAUGUUUGCCAAUUCAGAUGUUUUCCGGAUCCUGACAACCAAAAUCUCAGCUGAAAUGAGCACAAAAGCUUCAAGAGAAAUAUACAAUGAAAUGUCAAAUCUGAACAUGCCUAACCCUGACAAUAUGAAACUAGAUGUGUUGGCUUUUUGGACCAGUCAUCAAAACACAUUUCCCAUCUCCAGCAAAUUGGCAAGGCUGGUGAAAUGGGAAGGUUGCCUAGAUGCUGAUGAAGAAAAUGUGAAUUUUGCCAGAAGGGAUGAGCUUAACCAGACCCACAGCGAGGAAAAAGAGGAACAAGAUGCUACCAUGACCCUUGAGUUUAAUGUCUCCCACCAGGAUCCAGGAUAUCAAUCCAAGGCUCACAUGCAAGGUGCCCAGAUCAAACUGAUCACCACUUGGGAAGCUGGAUGGAAUGUUACCAAUGCUAUUCAGGGAAUUUUUGUUCUAGGAUUGCCAUAUGCUCUUCUCCACAGUGGAUACAGUGGGCUGUUUCUUAUUAUCCUGGCUGCAGUAUUCUGCUGCUAUACUGGCAAAAUUCUAAUUGCUUGCUUGUACGAAGAAAAUGAAGAUGGGCACCUCAUAAGAGUGAGAGACAAAUACGAAGACAUUGCUAAUGCUUGCUGUAGAAAGCGAUUUCCCAAACUAGGUGGCAUAGUUGUCAAUGUGACCCAGGUGAUGGAACUGAUCAUGACGUGCAUUUUGUAUCUGGUUGUUAGUGGGAACUUGCUGUCACAUAGUUUUCCAUAUUUACGAGCGACAGAGAAAACUUGGUCUGUAAUUGCGUUUGUAAUGUUGCUGCCUUGUGUGUUUAUCAAAACUCUAAGCAUUGUUUCCAAACUCAGCCUGCUUUGCUCCUUAGUCCAUUUCAUUAUCAUCUUCAUAGUGAUGAGUUACUGUCUGACACAAAUACAUCAAUGGUCUUGGACAAGAUUUAGACUCUUCAUUGAGUUUGAGGAUUUCCUGGUCUCAGUGGGGGUGAUCAUUUUCAGUUACACUUCACAAAUAUUUCUUCCUACUCUUGAAGGGAACAUGAAAAACCCAAAGGAAUUUAGCUGUAUGUUGAACUGGACUCACUUUUUUGCUUGUCUCUUCAAGACAGCCUUUGCACUGACUGCAUUCCUGACCUGGGGCGAAGAGACAAAGGAAGUUAUUACUGACAACCUGCCAUCAUCCCUGAAAACCCUGGUGAAUUUGUGCUUCUUAGCCAAGGCUCUUCUGUCUUACCCCCUGCCCUUUUUUGCAGUCACAGAAAUACUGCAUACUUGCAUAUCUAGCAGUAAUUGUUCUGAUUACAGAGCACCUCUGUUUAUUGUAGUUUUAAGAGGCUUGGCCCUCUUGUUCACUCUGCUGAUGGCCCUGUUCAUACCACAUUUUGCUCUGCUGAUGGGUUUAACAGGCAGUGUAACAGGUGCUGCUGUGACUUUUCUUCUUCCUUCUCUUUUCCACUUAAAACUUAAAUGGGGAAAGUUAUUGUUCUUGGAGAAAUGUGCAGCCAUUUCUCUUUUUAUUGUGGGUUUCCUUUGCAGCUUAGCAGGUAUAGCCUGCUCAAUAAAAGGGCUGAUUGAAGCAGUUGGAAGAAUGUAGAAAGGCCAUCUUGAAAAUCUGAUAAUAU